UUAUGUUAUGAAUGGACGCCAUUAUUUCAAUUUUUUCAGUUUGCUUGUGCUUGUGUACUAUUUCAAUGUGAAAUGAAGGCGAUUGUGUAGACCUGAUUUGUAUUUUUUCUUUUGUGAUUGUUAUUAUUUUCAUAUGAGUAAACAUUGAAAUAGCAAUUUCAGUAUCUUAGCUUUAAACAGAUUAUGUGUUUAAAUUUUGAAUUUUUGAUGAAUUGAAAGUUUGACAAGGAUGUCAGGGGGACAACUAGUGGUGUUGGACCGGGCCGGGCGCGACGUGAAGCGGUUCCCCCUGCUGGAGGGGCUGGCGACGCUGGGCAGCGACCCGGCCUGCGACAUCCGCAUCAUGCUGCCCACCGUCAGCCCGCACCAUGCCACCGUAGUGGUCCAUGCUAACCAGACGGUGAUCCGCAACGUGUGCGGCGAGGACACGCUGGUCAACGGCGCGCCCGUCAGCGUGGCCGCGCUGCGACACCGCGACACCAUCGCCAUCGGCGGCCGCAGCCUGCGCUGGGAGUACGCGCAGCCCGCGCGCAGACACCCGCAGCCUGUGCUGGCGACGUGGAAACGACGCAGCCGCGGCGGGCGAGCGGGGGCCCGCGGGGUGAGGGCGCGCGGCCCGCGCCGUGCGUCGGGCCCCGGCGCCGCGCCCGCCAGGGACCCGGCGGUGCGCCUCGCCAUCGAGAUGUCGCACAGAGCCUCUAUGCCCGGUAAUGCUGGCGGUAAACAAGUAGCCAUAGUCCAGCCUCAGAGAAGAGAUACGAAUGAUCAAAUUGACAACAACCCGCCGCGGUCGCCACUGCCUAGCAAUAAGCGUGCCAGAUCUUCCAAAAGUGACGCAGACACAUCAGUCAACGACACAGAGGCCGACAAGACUGUACGCAAGUCUAGUGCACGAGCCAGUCCCAAAAGCCCAGUGUCGAACUUACAGAACACAACUAAGGCGACGCUGUGGAUAGAGUCCCGCAAGCCCAGCGCCAGGAAGACUACUCCUAAGCAGCCCAGCCCCAAGCAAGCAACCCCCAGGCAGGCAGCACUCAGGCAGUCGACCCUUAGACAAGCUACGCCCAGACAGUCGACUCCUAGACAAGCAACCCCCAGGCAGACGACCCCCAGGCAGGCGACCCCUAGGCAGGCGACCCCCAAACAAGUGACCCCCAGGAGGGCGGGCAAGGCGGCGAGUACUGGCAAGAAGAGCACUCCCCUGCGGCUCACCGUCCUGCGCCGGGCCCAGAGCGCCAGCAAGCAUAGAGUGGACAAGAUUGAAGGACCGCUCGUCUUGGACGUGACGAAGCAGGCGGCGCUGCGGCUGAUGACGCGGCAGGCGCCGCGCCCCGCGCCCUCCUCGACUACUAUUAUUGAGUUAACAGAUUCAGAAGGAAGAAAUUCAUCACUACGGGCAAGUAACGUAUCCCGGCGAUCGGGGAAGAGUCCCAAGAAGUCGCCCGCCGCCGGCAGCCCGAGGAAAUCCGCACUCAAGGAUCCUUCGGCGAAACGAGGAACGCGAAAAACCGAAUCGAUAAAGUUCGACUUGAGUAACUUGGAGAACCACUCGGAGGACACGGACGUCAUGAUGGUCAGCGACCUCAGCUCACAGUCCUGUCACAGCGCCUCGUCUUCUCUAGCGCUGCACUACUCGGCCGGGUCCCCCUCGUCCCCCGCGUCCCCCGCGCCCCCCGGGCGGGCCAGCUCGCGCGGCGCCCGGCUCGUGCAGCGCGCGCUGCAGCAGUCCCCGGCCUCACCCCGGCCCGGCCUCGAGUCCUACUCCAUCGUUGACUUAGUCUCCAUCGAUUCUAACGAGUCUGCCCGGUCCGCCUCCGUGUAUGGCUCGCCGGCCUCUACCGACGUCACGACCUUUGAGACCCCACAAAAUACUACGGGGAGGAGAACGAGAUCGACUAUUGACGCGACGCUGCUCGGUUCCAGCACUCCCUACGUGAAGGGCAGGCCGUCCACCCCCAAGUCUCGCUCGAAUGCGAGUGUCGAUGUAUCGAGCCGACCUUCCAUGACUACACAGUCGACUCUCAGGAGUUCAAGAUCGAGACGAUCGAAGUCGUUGUCGACCCCGGAGAACUCUGAGGAGGCCAAGAAACACAUCUCCGUGAACAGCACGCGCAUAUCCCGCGCCGCACGCAGCAGGUCCCGCCUACACGACACCGCGGACAGUGCGGACAGUACACGCAGUGUACACAGCACACACAGCGUACACAGUACAUACAGUGUACACAGUACACACAGCGCCGACAGUAGGACGUCGCGCAGCUCGCGCUCGGUCCGCAGCCCCGGCCGCGACGGCGGACUGUCCACUCCAGAGAAUGUACAUAGCCCUGAAGAGGCCAGCACGCCUGUUCUUAGUAUACAGAGUCUAUUGGAUUCCAGCACUUCUUUCAUUGCACACAAAUCUACGAGAAAAAUUAGACCUUCAUUUAAUACUAAAAGAAAAACUACUGGAGGACUUCCAUCCAGAACUAGAACUAGAGCUGAUGCCAAAUUUAAGUCUUUGAGUUUUAACACAGGAAAAGCUAGACUGAGUGACGAUUCCGUGGAGAUAUUGAACAACAAGGAUGACAGUGAAAUAGUGACGCCAAAGAGCGCCGUCAAGUUAGUACAAGAAGCUGUAAAGAAUAAACACUCGACAGCCAAAAAGCCACAGUCUAAACGUUCGAUAAUAGACGAUCUGAACGAGUCCGAUAUUGUGAAGCAGCUGUUCAACAGUCCCGUGAAGCGGAAGCUGUCGCAGAGCAUGACGGAGUUCUCCAGGAAGCAGUCGCUGGACGAGGACGAGGCCCGCAGCCGGCGCCCGGCGCGGCUCACGGCGCCCGCCGCGGCCCGCACGCCCGACCAGUCCCUGCUCGACCACACCGACUCCUACACGCCGGAAAUAUUCGUCAGUCCCAUCAGCACUCCCACUCGCAGCCCUAGUUUAGACGGCAUCAAACUUAUGUUCGCCAAAACUACUCCCGAAAAUGAUUUAAGAAAUGUGAAAGGAGUGAAGGCUCUACUGCGCACGCCGCGCACUAGAAGAUCUAUCAAAAAUGACCUGAGAAAUGUAUCGGGUGUUAAGAACAUAUUUGCCAAGAGUCCUAAAAACCGACUUAGUGACGUCAGGGUCAAGGAAGUUUUUGCGUCUUCGCCUAAAAACGAUUUGCGUCGCGUGACUGGAGUGAAAUCCCUGUUCCAAACGUCUAAGAAAAGGAAGUCGCCUAGAAAUGAGUUAGACGAUGUGGUAGGUGUGAAACGGAUAUUUAAAAACACUAGCCCGGCGAAUGAUCUCCGGAACGUGUCUGGAGUACGCAGAGUUCUGCGGAGAAAUAGCCCGAGGAACGAGCUCGAGAACCUGCAUGGCGUGAAGCGAAUGUUUGCGAGAGACGCAAGGGACGACUUGAACGACGUCAGUGGGGUUGAAGAGUUAUUUAAUUUGUCGAACUUGUCUGUGUCCACCAGAGCAGAAAGUUUGUUUGAUCAGUUAGUAGGAAAGCCUCAGAUAAAAGUAGUGUAUUCCAAAACAUUUUCCAAGAAAACUCCCGUUAAGACAAAAACUUACAAAACGAAGUCAUUGCACGCUUCCCUAGAACAAGUACCCAGUACCGACGACUGGCUACAACAAGAGCUCAAUAAACGACAGCAAGUAAAGAGUUAUCUCGAGUCACUAAACAGCUCCGUUAACAGAUCUAAGACAAGAAAGUCAAAGUCGAUACACACGUCUUUAGACCGAGUCACAAACGUCGAUGUGUUGCUAGAUCAAGAGCUGAACAAGGAGCAACAGAUCAAUAAUUACUUGGAAUCUAUUAGAUCGGUGGAUGACUCUCAGGCCAACAAAUCUAAAAGGAAUCAGUCCGCAGCCUCCGACAAGGCUUAUGCGGCGACGGCGAACGUGACCCGGGAACUGCAGAAGUUGAUGACAGAGACGGUCGAGGGCCACACACCGAUCUGCACGUCGAGAACGAGGAACAGUAGUCUCGCGGCCGGCGACAGCUCGCAGCGCAAGUCGGCCUCGCAGCUGUACAGUGCGCGCAAACUGCCCAUCAAGAAGAGGUCGCUGGCGGGCGCGGCGGGGCCCCAGGCCGCGGCCGACGCGGUGUCGCUGCCGCUGAAGAAGCGCGGCGUGCAGCACUCCACGCCGCUGAAGGGGCGCGCGCCCACGGCGCCCCGCGCGCCGCACUCGCCCAUCGCGCCCACGGCCGCGCCCGCCGCCGCGCUGCCCGCGUCGCUGCCCGCCUCGCCGCGCGGCUCUCCACAACGCCACAGGUCUACUAAAUCAAAAGAAACUGCAGAAGUGACAUCAGAGAAAGCAAAAGAAACAAAAGCUCAACGCGAAACUGAAAUAGUCAGCGAACAUAUCAAACCAUCGCCGAGGAAGACUCGUGGCAGAGGGAAAGCAGUCUCUUCUAAAGCUAAACCUAAGGCAAGUCCCGCUAGAAAGAAGGCAGCCACUACAGUUGACAAGGCUCAUACUGGUUUAGCUGUCUUAACCAAAGAAAAGAACUCACCUAAGGUAGGUAGUCCUAUAAGAAAAACCAGACAAACCAGGAAUAAACAAGCCAGUCCAGUCAAAAAAUUAUUCUCUCCUGAGCCUACAACACGUUCUCGUAAAAAAGAUGUUUCGACUAGUGAGAAUAACGCAAAACAGCGCGGUCCGAGGUUGGCUGUUGCAAAGAAAUCAUUGGUUAAGAGCCCACCGGCGAGCCAGAGAGCAUCGAGAAAACGAAAAGAACCAGAAACUUCCUCGACACCUAAGCCUAGUCCUAAGAAAACGCGAGCUGCACGUAACAAUGCUUCUAUUAAAGAUGUUAAGCCAAAGACACCAAAGAGUACAAGAGCUAAAGUACAAAAGGCAUCUGUUGUAGUGAGCAAACCAUCGCCAUCUUUGAAACCACGACCAGCACGUAGUGAACAAGAAACUACUAGGAAGUCGCGGAGAACUGGGACAGUCCAGCCUCCACUAGAAUCUCAUAAGAAAUCUCAAGCAUCAAGGAAAACGCAAGUUGAAUCAACACCAAAUAAACCCACACGAAGGAAUACUACGAACAAAACGAAGGACAAGAAUGUGGUUGACAAACCUGAUGUUACAACCAAGACAAGUAAACCGACGCCUCGGAAGACUAGGAACAACAAGCAAGAAAAGUCUAUCGAACAACCUAAAACUGUGAAAGGUCGUGGCAAGAAAGUUUUACCGCAAGAGAGUGUACAAUCGGAAACUAAGAGCCGAGGGCGACGGGCCACUAAACCCGAGCCCGAGCCGCAAGUGCAGGAAGUUAAAACUCGCAAACGAAAGUUGGCAGCAGCAGACAAUGACAUUCCGCCUAAAGUAAGGAAAUCUAAAGUAAGUGAUAACAACACAGGAACGUCACGGAAGAAGUCCGCAACGACGCAACCCAGUAUAGAGAAGGCGGGCGCCACUCGAGCCAGGAACACUGCGGCCGCGGAACCAGCGCCGUCGGGGCUCAGCACGCGCCGUAGAAAGGCAAAUCAGGAGAACAUUCCAGAUAAUCAAAUAACUGGAAAACGUAAGAGACCUACAGCUGCGGAGUCUUUGCCUUCAGAAGGCAAGCCAGCAGGCCGCAGCCGUCGGAGAUAGCGCGCGACGCGACGGAGCAGCAAUCAAGUACAAAUAGUUAACAUAAAUAUGGUGCAGGAGGCACCGUUCGAUAUAUUUUGUGAAGACUUUAUUAAGAAGAAUGUUUGGAACGAAAACAUAUUUUUGUGACACAUUAUUGUGGACUAGUAAUAUCGUCAGUUGUAUGGCACUAUGUAUGUUACUUCUAAAUACCAAGUGGAGUACAUUGUCUGAUGUUCUGCUAACUGUACUGUACACAUAGUGUGCCAUAGGUGCACUUUCAAAUUAUGUACCUAUAAAAUUGCCUCCAACAUUAUGUAUGUAAUAUUUGUAAUCUGGUUAUUUAUGUAUAUUCAAAUUGCUGUGAACAUUUUGGAUAGAUGGACAAUACAAAUUAUAUAUUUUUAUUAAUUUACAUAGAUACUACUAAGAAUCAACAUAUAAUGCUGAUGUGAUCAUGAAUAAGCCAAUCUGGACCCGUUGUGAUGGUCAAGCGGUCGGACGAUGAAGGUUUAUAGCGACAUUGAUAUUGGAAUUAAGUUCUUUGCUGUAGUUUAAUUAGAUGGUACUAUGUUGGAGUGUUUAUGGAAUUGAUUACGGGUCCUUUUCCUGCUUCGUACGCAUCUACCGAUUAGACUAUGCGUUUGUUCUGACUAAGCGUGAACACGAUAGUGAGGGCAAUAUCCGCAAACAACACAGGCAACAGUUUGUACGGCGGCAGGAAAGGGCUCUACUAUUAGUUAGUACAUAAUAUUGUUGUAGUGCUAAGCGCAUGGUAUUCCAUGUUUAGCACGAGUAAUGUUUUAUAAGCACAAAUACCUCCAACGAAUCAUGUCUUCGAUUAAUUUCUUUUAUCAAAUAUUUUAAUUUUGUAUGAGGUUUGUCGUGUGGAAAUAUUAAGUUUAUUAUAGUUUCUUAUUGUAUGUGUUGUGUUAAUUGAUCACAGGAUACCACUUCUGAAUAUAACUAUGUUUAUGUUCAGAUAUGUUCAUCUUGUGCUAAAUUAAUACAAUUUAGGAUUUUAGUUUUAUUGAUUUAUUUCAUAUUUUUCUUGAUUGGCUAAGAUUUUAUUUUUAACUUACUGCGACUUUACGUGGAAUAGGUGGGUAGUGGGUUUUGAUGAGUAAGACAAAUGUUUCGGAUAUAAAGAUAUAUUUAUUAUAACAAGUUAUAUAAUUCAGUCAUUCCUAAUUCAUUGAUAUUUUAC